ACUUGUCCGCACACUGCAUCGAAAGUCUCAAGUUGUGAUUAGAUUCGUGGCAAAGAAAAAUCUCAAAAUAUCUUCCCAGUUAAGGUCACUUUUCAGUAACUCAAUGGCUCUACAGGCUGCUGCUCUGCUUCCCUCAGCAUUCUCCAUUCACAAAGAGGGAAAAUCUGGCGCAUCUUUGAAGGACACCACCCUCUUUGGGUUUUCACUCUCAGACCAUGUCAAAGCUGACUUGCUCUCUUCUGCCCUGAAAUCUAAGAAAGAAUUCAGUUCAAGAAAGUUGUCUUCUGUAAGAGUUCAGGCAGUGGCUACUGCUCCAACUUUCACGCCCUCGACAGUGCAAGGGAAGAAAACUUUGAGGAAGGGUUCUGUAGUUAUCACCGGAGCCUCCUCCGGGCUGGGCCUGGCCACGGCUAAAACUUUGGCUGAAAGUGGCAAAUGGCACAUAAUCAUGGCGUGCAGGGACUUUCUCAAGGCUGAAAAGGCCGCUAAAUCUGUUGGCAUGGCCAAGGAAAAUUACACCAUCAUGCAUUUAGACCUUGCUUCUCUUGAUAGCGUCAGGCAAUUCGUGGACAAUUUCAAACGGUCCGGCCGGCCUCUCGACGUCCUGGUUUGCAAUGCAGCUGUCUACCAGCCGACUGCCCGGGAGCCUUCGUUCACAGCUGAAGGGUUUGAGCUUAGCGUUGGGACCAACCAUCUCGGUCAUUUCCUUCUAUCAAGAUUGUUGCUUGAUGAAAUGAAGCAAUCUGAUUACCCCUCAAAGAGACUCAUAAUUGUCGGCUCAAUCACAGGGAAUACAAAUACAUUGGCUGGAAAUGUACCUCCAAAGGCAAACCUUGGGGAUCUGAGAGGGCUCCAGGGAGGGCUAAAUGGGCUGAACAGCUCUCCCAUGAUAGACGGUGCAGAAUUUGACGGCGCCAAGGCAUAUAAGGAUAGCAAGGUGUGCAACAUGCUGACAAUGCAAGAAUUUCACCGGCGUUACCACGAAGAUACCAGCAUCACAUUUGCUUCCUUGUACCCGGGCUGCAUUGCCACGACUGGGCUGUUCAGGGAGCACAUACCCCUUUUCAGGCUCCUUUUCCCUUCGUUCCAGAAGUUCAUCACAAAGGGCUUUGUAUCGGAGGAAGAAGCCGGAAAAAGACUGGCACAGGUUGUGAGUGAUCCAAGCCUGACGAAGUCGGGGGUGUACUGGAGCUGGAAUAAGGCCUCGGCUUCAUUUGAGAAUCAACUGUCUGAGGAAGCGAGUGAUGCUGAUAAAGCCCGUAAAGUGUGGGAAAUCAGUGAGAAACUUGUUGGUUUGUCCGGGUGAUGUUUGCCAGAGCGCAUGAGUUUUGGAUUGAGGAACUUUGUAGUGAGAGAGAGAGAUAAAUUCAUGAUAAACUAAUGAAGAGUAAAAUCACUCUUUUAUUUUCAUGGAUGAAUUGAUAGUUUGGCAUUGCUGAAUUAUCAACUCCACAAGGAAUAAACAGACUAUUCUACAAUAUAUUUAUCACUUUCCGGCCAAGCACAUAAAUAUGGGGCAGGUGUAAACUAACUCAAUUAAUCGUAAACCAGGGAGAGUUGCUUAUUCCAGGA